AUGGUAUCAAUUAUUAUUGUCUCUGUGUUGGUUAUCAGUAUAUUAGUCCCAAUAGUUAUCCUUAAACAGAACAAAUCUCAACAAUCAAGAAGAACAACAACUCUUGUUAAUAAACCGAACACGAUAAAAGAACAAAUUUUCAUUUUUUUUAAACAAGUCACUUAUAAAACUGCUUCGAAUCAACAAUCACUUGCAGUAGCAGAUUUUAAUUUAGAUAAUAAACAUGAUAUUGUUGUUGGAAACACAGGAAACCGAAGCAUUACUAUUUUCUUGAAUACAGGAAAUGACACUUUUCACAAUCAAGUGACUUAUCCAACUGGGACUCAACCAUUUGGAGUAGCAGUUGCCGACUUUAAUCUUGAUAAUAAGGUUAAUAUUGCCGUCGCGAACUAUGGAGACGACGUCAUUUAUGUUCACUUCAACGCAGGUAAUGGAACAUUUCUCAGCCAGACUGCUUACGUGGCAGGUAAUGCCGCACGGUCACUAGUAGUUGCUGAUCUCAAUCUCAAUAGUUAA